AUGGAUGAUGUGGAUGUGCCAGUUGCAAGACCCGUGAAAAUCAAGAUCAAUAUACACCGACUGCCUGCUUUGUCGAAGCCAGCCCCUGCUAUUUUCAGAUGCACGGUAUGCUACGACGACUAUCAACCAUCGAAGCUUGUCCGGUUGCCCUGCAAAGAUCUCUACUGCACAAACUGUCUCAAAAAUCUAUUCCUCCUAUCAACAAACGACCAAAGCCUCUUCCCCCCGAAAUGCCAUGGCCAGGUGAUCCCCAGUUUUCUAAUCUCGGGCAAAAUGACACCCCAACAGCUCGAUUCGUUCAGCAACGCCGAGAUCGAGUUUUCCACAGUCGACAGAACAUACUGCAGCAAUACCGAGUGCAAUCGGUUCCUUCAUCCGCGCCAGGUCACAUCAGAUAGAGCGGGAUGUACCCACUGUGGCAGCGUAACAUGCACCAUUUGCAAGAAACCUGCUCAUCGGGAUGACUGCCCCGAGGAUCACGAUCUACAGGCUACAUUGGCUCUUGCUUUGAAUGAAAAGUGGCAGCGUUGCUUCGCGUGUAGGGCCAUUGUGGAAUUGGAUACUGGGUGUAAUCAUAUGACAUGCAAUUGCGGAGCGCAAUUCUGUUACCUCUGCGGAGAAAAAUGGGGAACGUGCUCCUGCGAAGGAGACGAAUGA